AACACGAGACGUGGAGGAAACAACUUCCAGCUGCAGCGGCGGGGUUUAGUGUGGGUCGUGUCCGAGUUUGGUGCUCUUUUCGGGGGUUACUCUGGGCGGUAGUGUAGGUGUCGUUUUGGGGGAACUUUGCGGAGAUGUCGGAGCCGGAGAAGAGCCCCGUGAGCGCGGCGGAGACAGCGGGGGAGAGUGGGGAGCAGAGCAAGGAGGAGGACCUGGAUUUGGACUUGGCCUCCAUCUUUGUGUCCGAUGCUCAGUUUAACAGAAAUAUCUUCUUCGACUCCUCCCCUCAGGCUGUCAGGCUGUACAUACUGUAUAACCAUUGGGGCCUUCAGGUGGCAGUGUACUUCUUCAUUCUGGUGGAUCUGUCUCUGGCUCUGUUUGAGGAUCCAGCUGUGGUCCUUCUGCCGCUCUGGGCCACCAUGUCCGUGGAACUGUUGUGUAUUCUGGUUUUCAUCGCUCGCCUCACGCACUAUGCUAAAGUUAUACCACGCGACAAGUUCUGGAAGGACCCUAAAAACCUUUGCAUCAUCGCCAUCCUGACGCUGACCCUGCUGGACAUGCUGAUCUAUGGGUCUCUCAGAGCGCUGGACUGUUCUGGAGUGCGCUGGUCGAGAGUCCUCAGACCUCUGCUGCUGGUCAACAUCACAGAAGGGAGACGGCUGCGUCAAGCCUUCAGGAGCAUCAGGAACGCUCUUCCUCAGAUCCUCCUUGUCUUCCUCCUCUUCAUCUUCAGCAUCCUCAUCUUCUCCCUCAUGGCCCUCAAGCUCUUCUCCAAACGAGGCCUGAAGACCACAGAUGGAGCUCCUUAUUUCACAAACUUUCUCCAGAUUGUGUUCGACCUCUACGUUCUUGUCACCACGGCCAACAGCCCCGACAUCAUGAUGCCGGCAUAUAACUCCAGCUCGAUCUUCUCCAUCUUCUUCAUCGUCUUCAUCUUGGUGAAUGUUUACAUCUUUAUGUCUGUGUUCCUCGCUGUGGUCUACAACAACUACAAGAAGCAUCUCAAGGAGGAGGUACGGCAGCUGGUCAGGGCCAAAAGACACAAAAUGGCACGUGCCUUCGCUGUACUGCAACAGAAGAGCGUCGAGGGGGCAGAGCCUGUGGUUACACAUGACAGAUGGAGCCGAUUGGUCCGUCGAGUUCGCCCCGACAUAAGCCACGCCCAUAAAGAGCUGCUGUGGAGCGUUUGUGACCCAGAGGAGAAGGGCGCCAUAGGUAAGCUGGCGUUUGUGCAACUCGCUGACCUGUUGAACAUUGAGGUCAUCACAUUGAAGCAGAGGCCACACCCCCUUCAGAGCCUAUGGCCCACCCUCUACCUGUCCAAGCCCAGCCGCCUCCUCUGCUCCGUCAUCCAGCACAGAGGUUUCAUUAUCCUCUUUGACCUGAUCAUUUUGGUGAACGCAGUCUUCAUUGCUCUGGACGAGGAGAACCCGCUCAUCUCUAACUCAGAGUGGUUCUUUUUGGCCCUGUACCUCCUUGAGAUCAUCCUCAAGCUCUACGUCCAUGAGCCCAGAACCUUCUUCUCCAGACACAACUUCUGGAACUGGUUUGAUACCAUUAUAGUCGUGGCUGCUCUCAUUGCCACUAUCGCUAACUCUGCUCUCAAAUCCUCCAGUGGAUACACGAGCAGACAAAUCCUGGACAUUGUUUUCAUCCUCAGAGUGCUGCGUCUCAUCAGGGUCGUGGACAGUAUUAACAGAUUCCGAGCCAUCAUCAACACUCUGAUCAGGAUCGGACCAGCCAUCCUCACAUUUGGACAACUCAUCCUGGUGGUGUACUACAUCUUUGCAAUGGUGGGCAUGGAGCUUUUUAAUGGGAAAGUCCAGUUUUUCGGCCCAGAAUCGGAGGCCCCUGAGCGGCUAUAUUGUGGGAACCCUCUCCUUAAGGACACAGCCUUCGCUCUCCACAACUACUGCAAAAACAACUUCAACCAGGUGGUGUCAUCGUUUGUCCUGCUGCUGGAGCUCACUAUGGUCAACCAAUGGCAUGUGUUGAGCAGCGGCUUCUCUCUCACAACACACUCUGCAGCGAGACUGUACUUCCUCCUGUUUCACAUCACUGUCGUCAUCAUCAUCAUCAAUAUUUUCGUGGCUUUUGUCUUGGAGGCCUUCUUUGUGGAGUAUUCUGUGGAAAAGAGUGAUCUUCAGAACUCAGUCGAGAAGAAGAUUGAAGAACUACAACUGGGAGUAAAACAGGAGAAGUUGGAGCAGAACCUGGUGAACUCGAUGGAGACGAUAGACAGUGAACAGGAGGAUGGGCAAAAGAAGAGACCAGCCCUGCUCUUUAAGAUCGCCUCCAAGAGGUACCGCACAGUAGACGCUCUAAUCCAGAGAAUGUUUGAGAACGACCUUGAUCCUGAAGAUUUCAAUGAAAAUGAAGACGAGACCAACGGGAACUUCUCCAACCCAGCAUUUAAUUUAUGAACCAGGACUGAACCAGGACUGAACCAGAACUGAACCAGGACUAAAUGAGCACUAAACCAGGAUUAAAUCAGGGCUAAACCUGUACUGAACCAUAGCUAAACCAGGACUGAACACCUGACCUCAGCACAGGAAAAACCUAAAAUAUUAUUUUUAUAUGAGUCCUUUCAAAACAAAAGCCUCUCUUUGUACAGUGUCCUUUCAGAUUAAAAGCAUAUGUAUAUUGUAUUUUGAUAUAAAGUUUAUUACCUUGUUAUAAGAAUGGCCUCUGGUUUAUUUAAUUUCUCCUAAAAUGGUUUCAGCAACUGUCAUGGUGAAAAAUCUUUAACGUCUAAAAUACAAUGAUUAAAGCCACAUUAUGUAACUUUUUA